AAGACUUUCAUGUUUUUGCAAACCAUUGAAAAUCGAGGAAAUAUAUAAUAACAACAACAAUAACAAUAAUUGGUUGAAAAAAAAGAAGGGCGUUUCCGUUGUGCGCGUGCAGCUGCCACCUCCACCUUUUCUCGUUCUGUCGCCGCCUCCACUUCCACCAUCCCAGGCCCUCUAUCGUCCCUCAGUCCGCUGCCGGUGCCGGUGCCGCAUCGGGUAGUUCAGCGGCGGCGGCGCUGCUGAUCAGGUGGUGCCCAGGCCGUCCACGGACCGAGCCCUCUCGUCCUCGUCCGACGCGAGGGCAAUCACCCACCCGGGACGCCUUCCGAAGCGGCAUCCCUCCUCUGGCCAACGUCCCAGCAACGAAGCUCACUGAUGCGAUAUGGAACAACUGCUUCCUAGACAAGCUCGCCUUCAGGUAUCGAAGUCGAACCAAAGGAGGUUGAAGCCAUGGCCCUCAUCGUAGCUGCAGCUGGAGGAAACCUUCUUGUCAGAAAGUUGGUCAAUUUAACUCCCUCGCAAACAUGAUGAGGAGCGAAGUAAUUGAGGCUGGAAAGCUAGUGAACCUGUGGAAUGAAUGGGGGCUACAGAUCCUGGUCAUUGCAAGCUUCGGGUUACAAGUAUUCCUCCUCGUUUUCGGAGGAGUCCGCCGUCAUAGCAACUCCACUGCCCUGACGUUCUUCCUCUGGUCGGCAUACCUACUGGCCGAUUCCACAGCGAUAUACACCCUGGGCCACCUAUCUGUUGACAGUAUGUCAGACGAGCACCAGCUGGUGGCAUUCUGGGCGCCGUUCCUAUUGCUGCACCUCGGUGGCCCAGACAACAUCACAGCGUAUGCACUCGAGGACAAUGCGCUCUGGCUACGCCACCUGCAAACUCUCGCCGUGCAGGUCCUAGGAGCUGCUUAUGUGAUAUACGAGUACAUCGCCAGCAGAGGGGCAUUGCUUUUUCUGGCCUCCUUGUCCAUGUUCUUUGCCGGUCUUCUCAAGUAUGGCGAGAGGAUAUGGGCUCUCAAGUGUGGCAACAUCAGCAGCAUCCGCAGCAGCAUCAGCAUCCGGAAGAUCAAGACUGACCCUUAUCAGCUAUUGACUUUGGGUACUAGCGAAGAGGAUUUGCUGCUUGGAGCCCACUCCCAGUUUGAUAUCUGCAAAGGUGUCUUCGCCGAUAUCAUAAUGCUACCAAAUCCCUUAGUUCGUUCACAGCCUAAACCACGUUCCGUGAUAUCUUAUCUGGGAGAGGAUCUAUACAAGUUGGUUGAGAUGGAGCUGUCUCUGAUGUAUGACUUCCUGUACACUAAGGCAGCAGUGAUCCACACAUGGUAUGGCUUCUGCAUCCAUUUCAUCUCGCUGUUUGGCACAGCCACCACAUUCCUUUUGUUUCAGCUCAGUAUCAGCAACAGUGGAAAUCGGUACAGCAGAGUGGAUGUGGCUAUCAGUUAUGUUUUACUGGUUGGGGCUUUGGUCUUGGAAAUCAUAUCAGUGUGCAGAGCUGUACUAUCCACCUGGACAUGUUCUUUGUUGCACCGCAGGGGCAGGGGAUGGGAGUGGUCUCUCCACAUUGUCACUUCCCUUGGUCAGCGUGUCCAUCCAGCAAGUAGGAGACUCUGGUCGGGCUCCAUUGGGCAGUACAACUUGUUCCACCUGUGCACCCGCAACACCAACGAGAUAGGGAGCAGACUAGCAACGAAACUGGGGCUCGAGGACUGGUGGAACAAGAUGCACUUCUCCGGAACUUUCCCACACGCUAACUCGUCUUUGUCAAUACAAGAUAUCAAGAAAUUGGUUCUGCAAGCACUGCGAAGCAAAGAGCAAGCACUGCAACACCAGGAUACUGAUUUGAACUCAAGAGGCAGCUUUAUACUGAAACGUAUGGAGGCCUACAAAGACUUUGCUCGCUGGAGCGUCAACAUUGACUUCGACGAGAGCAUCCUUGUUUGGCACAUUGCAACCGAGGUGUUCAUCAGGAAAUCCAAGGCCAGACAUGCAAAAGAACUCCUUGAGGCUACUGAGGUACUAUCCAACUACUUGAUGUUCUUGCUGGUGGUAAAACCUAACAUGCUACCAGGCGCUGCGCGGCAUAACAUACAUCUCACCUCCUGCGAACAACUAGAAGGACACUGUCGAACGCGAUUUGGUGAUAAGGACAACCCAGUGGCGCCAUCCCCUGUAAGCUGGAACCCGUACUAUAUUCUUAAGGAAUUGUUCCACCAUGAUGGUCCCAGUUGCUCCAGGAUACCACGGAGGGAGAAGCUUGCAGAGGUGGCCUGGAGUUUCUCCCAAUUUGCACUGGUAUAACUUCCCUGAUCAUUCAACUGAAACACAUUUCGUUGGGAUCAGUAAAGGCACCAAAUCCACAUGGGGACUCCAUCCGUGACAGUGCUAAUAUGUAUGCAAUCUUGCUCGCCAACGAGCUUCUGAGCAUAGAGUUGCAGUGGCAGGAUCAGCGUGACACUUUGGAACUGAUCCUGGGGGUGUGGGUGGAGAUGUCGUUGUAUGCUGCGGAUCAUUGCAGCCAAGAGUCCCAUGCCAGGCAGCUCAGUAAUGGCUGCGAAUUCAUUACCAUCGUGUCGUUGCUGGCACACCACUUCAAGUACUACUCUGGGGCCUUCAGGGGCGCCGACAACCUUGGAGAAGAUAAACCCGCUAGUGAAAAUAAACCCGUUACUGUAAAUAAUCCCAUGAGUGAAAAUUGUGGGAACUUGGUUUAGAUGAGUUCGCACAAUUUUCAUUUGAAAUGACCUCUCUGUCAGUUCAGGGAAAAACCUGAGGAUUCAUGACUCCAAACAAGAGUAAAUAUAUUUAUCUGUCGAUGAACAUAGUAAUUAAAGUGCUAGGAUUCAUCAAUGUUAGCUUUGGACUCUACAUUCAACAGUUUGUAAGGUGAGUCUGACUGUGUGUGUGUGUGACAUGCUCAUAUAUCUUCCAUGAUCAAGGUAAUGAUCGGCGUUGAGUGUGUUGCUCAACCGCCAUUAUACAAUAUGCAAUUAUUAUUA